AUGUAUGUGCUGAGGCUGUUCACAGAGCGAGGGGUGCGCCACCUCAAUGUAGUGACAUGUGGACUGUGUCUACUGUUGUUUCUGAAGGCGAGCAGAGGUCAGGACGAUCACCAUGUACUUCGACUACACAAUGACCUCAUCAGAGACAACAACCCCAAUGUCAGACCAGUCAAGAACAGUAGUGACUCUAUCACGGUCUCUUUAGAAUUUCACCUUCUCAGCAUGUCUAAUUUUGAUGAAGUUACUCAAACAGUGACAGCCAACGGGUUUUUCUUAGUUUCCUGGAAAGAUGAGUUUCUAACCUGGAACGCCAGUGAGUAUGGAGGAGUCAGUGCUAUAAGUCCUGACUAUGGGAAGGUUUGGAGACCUUACAUCACUGUUCGCAACCGGGUGGAUAGUUUUGAACCUCUGGGUCUCGAUUUUGGGAUCAUGCAAGUUACCGCCCAAGGAAUUGUAACAUGGGCACCUGGCGAUACCUUCAAGACUUUCUGCCAAAUGGAUGUUACCAACUUUCCUUUGGAUGAACAAGAGUGUACUUACGACACGUUCGUUUGGGGAAAUAUUCUGGAAGAAGUAGAUUUAAAACCGACAAAUAACUCUAUUGACCUGACGUUAUAUAACUCGAACAGCCAAUGGCAUAUCGCUAACUCAUCUUCGCAAAGAUAUAUUGUUCAGACCAUUGGGUUUUCUUACGCAAUGACAUCCUUCAAUAUGACCCUAAAGAGAAAGCCAUCUUUGGUGAUUCUGACAACUCUCCUGCCUGUCCUGGUGCUGGGAUUAGUGAAUGUGGUGGUGUUCCUCAUUCCUGUGGAGUCUGGAGAGAAGGUCUCCUUUGCCAUCACGGUGUUGCUGUCUUUCACUGUUUCCCUGUCCUUCGUCACUGGACUGCUUCCACAGAAUGCUGACUCGUUACCUAUAUUCACUGUUUUCAUUGUUGGCAUGUUUGUGAUGAGCUCUAUCUACGUGUUCCUGGCCAUCUGGAUCGUGCAAGUGUUCCAUCGAGACGCAGCCAUCAAACCUGUUCCGUCGUGGAUGGGACGUUUGACAAGGUCCUGGGAGAGAAGUAUCUGUGGCACUCCUGUUGUUGGACGUAAGGAGAACCUGACAUUGGCAUCUUGCAAGGAACCAUUAAUGUCUUGGAUAAGAGUUAGCAGAAUGGCUGACAGAAUUUUGUUCUGCCUGUUUUUCAUUCUUUACAUCCUAACCACGGUCAUUGCAUUUCUGAAGAUAGCGUAUUUCUAA